AUGCGCUUCUCAACUGAGCUAGCAAGACUUGCGACUUUCGCUACUGUAUGGCUAGGAAUAGUCGGUGCUUCGCCUAGCCAUUACGCCAAACCUGAUUCCGAUGAUACUGCCUGGGACGGAACCCUAGAGAAUAUCAUCACUCGCGAUGUCUGCGUGAUUGGCGGCGGUGCUUCAGGCACAUACGCAGCCAUCCGCCUACGCGAGCUAGGUCAGAGCGUUGCUCUCAUCGAGAAAGAGGACCAUCUGGGCGGGCAUACAAGAACAUAUCACGACCCAGAAACAGGAACGCCGAUUGACUACGGAGUCUGGGUGUACGAGAACAACACCGAGGCAACGAACUUCUUCGCGCACUUCAACGUCUCCCUCACAGUCCAGGAUUUCACACGGGUCUCCGAGGGGAGUCAAAGAUAUGAUCUGCGUACGGGGGAGCCUGUUGCACCGCCUGCUGGGAAUAUCACGGAUGCGAUUCUGCGUUAUACUGAGCAGUUGUUGAAGUAUCCUUACCUUGCGGAGGGAUGGGACCUUCCUGACCCUGUCCCAGAAGACCUUCUACUGUCGUUCCGUGACUUUGUCGCGAAGUAUGAUCUCGCCGCGGCCGUGGAAGUAAUCACGCUUUACGUGCAGGGUCUGAAUAGAAACAUCCUAGACUAUCCCAUGGUUUAUAUCAUGAAGUAUUUUAGUCUGGGUGUGCUCCAGGGCAUACAGAAAGGCUUCUCAACAACCGAAACUCAUGACAAUCAAGCGCUAUACGCAGCCGCACAGGCAGAGCUUGGAGAGGACGUCCUUCUAAGCAGCACAGCUAUCAGCAUACGGCGAGAGGUUGUCGAUCCUGAGACUGGUUCCGAGGAGCAGCAUCACAUCCUUGUCCGCACUCCAACCGGCGUGACCCUCAUCAAGGCAAACAAGCUUCUCGUGACGAUCCCACCUAUCCUCUCAAAUCUAGAGCCAUUCGACCUGGACGACCGUGAAAGAAGCAUAUUUGCCCAGUUCCAACACAGCUUCUACUACACCACAGUCCUAACUCUCUCGGGCAUCCCCAGCGACGUCCAGAUCCUCAACCGCGGCAAUGAUACGGAAUACAACAUCCCUGUUCUCCCUGGUGCAUACGUCUUCUCCCCCUCUUCUCUCCCGGGAACCUUCAUGGGGUUCUUUGGAGGCGGCGACCAAAACCUAAGAGAGGAAGAAGUAAGGGGGAUAGUCCAGGAUAAUGCGCUGUCACUACGGAACGCCGGAUAUGAUUUAGAGACUCCCGAUAUAUUGGCUUAUGCAAACCAUAGCCCGUUCGAGCUGUUUGUGUUUGCCGAGGAAAUUGGCAAUGGCUUCUAUCGGGAUUUGUACUCCUUGCAGGGCUAUCGGGGGACGUGGUAUUCGGGGGCUGCAUUUCAUGCUCAUUCUUCCGCGGCGCUGUGGAAGUUUACAGAGAGUGUUCUGGUUGACAAGGUUUUGAGUGAUUGA